CGAGGCUUCCUUCCGGCCGCCAUUUUAGCUGCUCGCUCGCUCUCCGGCUGGCAGGGUCGGCGUCCCCCGCCGCCAUGUCCAAGCGCCACCGCCUCGACCUGGGCGACGACUACGCCUCCAGCAAGAAGCGCGCCGCCUCCGACGGGAAGGAUCGGGAUCGUGACCGGGAUCGUGAUGAUCGCUCCAAAGACCGGGACAGGGAUCGAGACAGAGAUAGAGAACGGGAAAGAGAUAAGGAGAAGGAUUUGCGCCCUUCGCCCAACUCGGCUCUCCUCACCGGAGUCGGGCUCCCCCCUUUGAAACCCACCGUAUUUCCACAGAGUAUCAACCCAUUCACAAACCUGCCACACACACCUCGCUAUUACGAAAUCUUAAAGAAACGCCUGCAGCUCCCGGUGUGGGAAUACAAAGAUAGAUUUACUGACAUCCUCAUCAGAAAUCAAUCCUUCGUGCUGGUUGGCGAGACGGGUUCUGGUAAAACCACACAGAUCCCUCAGUGGUGCGUUGACUACAUGCGGUCGCUGCCAGGGCCAAAGAGAGGUGUGGCUUGUACACAGCCGAGGAGAGUAGCUGCGAUGAGUGUGGCCCAGCGAGUUGCGGACGAAAUGGAUGUGAUGUUGGGUCAAGAAGUCGGUUAUUCUAUUCGAUUUGAAGACUGCAGCAGCGCCAAAACGAUUUUGAAGUAUAUGACGGAUGGUAUGUUGCUGCGUGAAGCGAUGAAUGACCCUUUGCUCGAACGUUACGGGGUAAUCAUUCUUGACGAGGCCCACGAAAGAACGCUGGCGACGGAUAUUUUGAUGGGAGUUCUGAAGGAGGUGGUGAGGUAGAGAUCGGAUUUAAAGGUGAUAGUUAUGAGCGCUACUCUAGAUGCUGGCAAGUUUCAGAUUUAUUUCGAUAACUGUCCUCUCCUCACAAUUCCUGGUCGUACGCAUCCGGUGGAGAUCUUUUAUACGCCAGAACCAGAAAGGGAUUACCUCGAAGCGGCCAUUCGUACAGUAAUACAGAUCCAUAUGUGUGAGGAAGAGGAAGGAGACCUCCUCCUAUUUCUUACUGGACAAGAGGAGAUAGAUGAAGCCUGCAAGAGGAUAAAGCGUGAAAUUGACGAUCUGGGCCCUGAGGUCGGUGACAUUAAGAUCAUUCCGUUAUAUUCCACGCUUCCUCCUCAACAACAGCAGAGGAUUUUUGAGCCCCCACCUCCCAAAAAGCCAAACGGUGCAAUAGGACGAAAGGUUGUUGUAUCAACUAAUAUUGCCGAGACAUCAUUGACAAUAGAUGGUGUUGUUUUCGUCAUUGAUCCUGGCUUUGCGAAACAAAAGGUCUACAAUCCGCGAAUCAGGGUGGAAUCUCUGUUGGUGACCGCGAUCAGCAAAGCUUCCGCUCAGCAGAGAGCCGGCCGUGCAGGUCGUACUCGGCCCGGGAAAUGUUUCCGGCUAUACACAGAGAAGGCGUACAAAACCGAGAUGCAGGACAAUACCUAUCCUGAGAUUCUGAGGUCAAACUUGGGUUCUGUGGUCUUACAGCUGAAGAAACUUGGCAUAGAUGAUUUAGUUCACUUCGAUUUUAUGGAUCCACCAGCUCCAGAAACCUUGAUGAGAGCCUUAGAGCUUCUGAAUUACUUAGCCGCUUUAAACGAUGACGGAGAUUUGACUGAACUGGGCUCCAUGAUGGCGGAGUUUCCCCUUGACCCGCAGCUGGCUAAAAUGGUUAUUGCAAGUUGCGACUACAACUGUUCUAAUGAGAUUCUAUCUAUUACUGCCAUGCUGUCAGUCCCACAGUGUUUUGUUCGCCCCACGGAAGCCAAGAAAGCCGCAGACGAGGCCAAGAUGAGAUUCGCCCACAUAGACGGAGAUCAUUUGACGUUGCUGAACGUCUACCACGCUUUCAAACAGAAUCAUGAAUCGGUUCAGUGGUGCUAUGACAACUUCAUUAACUACAGGUCCUUGAUGUCAGCGGACAACGUACGCCAACAGCUGUCACGAAUCAUGGACAGGUUUAAUUUGCCGCGUAGAAGCACAGACUUCACAAGCAGGGACUAUUACAUCAAUAUACGAAAAGCAUUGGUUACCGGGUACUUCAUGCAGGUGGCACAUUUGGAGCGGACGGGACAUUAUUUGACAGUGAAGGAUAACCAGGUGGUGCAGCUGCAUCCCUCAACAGUUCUCGAUCACAAACCGGAAUGGGUGCUUUACAAUGAAUUCGUUCUUACCACAAAGAACUACAUUCGCACUUGUACAGACAUCAAGCCAGAAUGGUUGGUGAAAAUUGCUCCCCAAUAUUAUGACAUGAGUAACUUCCCACAAUGCGAAGCAAAGAGGCAGCUGGACCGCAUCAUCGCCAAACUCCAGUCCAAGGAAUACUCGCAAUACUGAUAAUUUGCCUUUUUUUUUUUUUUUUUGAGUCGAACUUGUUCAGAGAAACAGCUGAAAACGACAAACGGAGUUUCCUCAGUUCCAGGUUGUGCUCUUUUGCCUUUAUUCGGGAGCUUUUUAAUUUUCCUUUACAGUAAAUAUUCCAUUUUGAUUUCAUACAUUAAAAAAAAAAAUGUAUGCCUCUUUUUAUUGUGUUCACACUGUAACUCAUAACGACGGGGGCAAACGCUGAUCAAUGUUUUGCAGUUUAUUAAAAGUAGUUUUCUCUCUCUCUCUAUAACAAUGUUGUAAGCAUUUCUUUAGAAAUGGUUGAAAAAAAUGCUUCUGAAAUGUGAUUUAUCGACCAUGGCAUGCAUGAUCGUUGUAAUUGUUGACAUUCCUUUUAGAAGUUGUGAAAUGUUACAACGUGCUUAUGUAGACGCGACCUUCAGCUUCACUACAGAAGUGUACUGACUUCAAUAAAGUCUAUUUAUACUAAAA